CUCUCGUGAGUUUCUUAUAGUAUUAUAUUAAGCCGCAUUUAUGUGAACUCUGUGAAAACAUAAUAUUAUUAUAAGAUUCAUUUCUUCUUAACAAUGGAGGCUGAACUAUGAGUGAGUAAUGAGUAGGGGUACUUCUUUAUUUUUCCAUUCCUCUUCUUGCAAGCAUUGGAUCAGAUUCCAAAAAGAAAACAGUGAGAAGAAAGUUUUAAUGGAGAAAGAGAUAUGUAGAAGACAUCUUUCAAGAGAAGGGAUGGGAUGUGUCUGGAUGUUUAUGAACAACAUGUUUGAUUUCAGACAUGGUGGAUCUAUCCAGAAGCUUUUGAUGGAUAAGAAACGUGGCAGCAAACGCAUCAUAGGUGUUGAGACUAAGGUGGAGAAGCAGCUUACCUGUGACUGUGACUUUGAGGAGAGUGAAGCUGGAGUGCAGAGUGUCAAGAACCUCACUGAAGAAGAGACUAUUGAAUGCAGAAGAGGAAAGACAAAGGAGAGAAAUGGGAAGAAGAGAAGUAGAACAUGCAGCAAAGGAAGUGAGGAUGUUGAUGAUCAUGCAGAUAAGAAAUCAGAUGAUCAGUGUCCUAGAAUUUCUCAGAGCGAUGAUGAUUCAGAAGAGAAGUUCAGUGAGUUGAUAAAGCGGUUGAUAGCUCAGACUCAGAAGGACACUGAGGUGGAUGCAUCUCAGUUCUUGGAGUCUAAAGAAGGAUCAUUCCGGGAGAUUGGUACUUCUCCAGCUUCAGGAGAUUCUCAGAGAAUCAAAGAGAGAAGCUCCCAAUGCACACAAACAAUUGUAAUCUUGAAGCCAGAGCCAAUUGGCUUGGAUCUUGGUUCAUCACCUGGAACACAAGCUACAUGCAACAAGUCCAAAAGGGGGAGUUCCUUCAUUCUCAGUAGGAUCAUCAGAAGAAGAAGACUAAAAUCUUCUGCUAAGAAGAAUCCAUGCAAUGAUCCUGAUGUAUUGUCAUCUGACAUCAUGAGUCAAAACUCUUGUCUGGGAGAGGAGUUAGAGACUAGCUCCAGGCGGCAUGUUUCAGCUGAAGAGACUACUACUAUCAAUGGCAGUGAAGAUUCCAAGAAGAAUGUGUGUGGCAUAUACAUUGCAGCCAGGAAACAUCUAUCUGAAAUGCUUGCACAAGGAGAUGCAGAUGUUAACUCACCUGAUAAAGAAGUACCAAGAAUCCUUGGGAAGAUUCUUGCUCUCCCUGAGUUCUCCACACCAGAGACCAGUCCAAGAGUGACACUGGCUCAUGAGAUAACCAAGGAACCAAAUAUUCAACAAUGCAGCUCAGAAGAUUCAACCAAACAUGGAGAAACAGCUUCUACUAGUUCCGGAGACACUGAGGAUGAAAAGAAGACUGUCUUGGAUUCUUUGUCUGAAGCAGUUAGCUCUUCCAUUGUACACCAAGAUGCAUAUGCUGAUGAAGAGAAGCUUGAAACUCAUGAGCAGACACAACCACUGGAGAAGGUUGUGUCUGAGUGCCAAGACAAUGCAACUGAUGUGCCAGGGAAGUCAAGUCCUGUGUCUGUUCUUGAGCCUUUCUUUACAGAUGAUGACACAAGUCCAAACACCUCCAGGCUCUCUUCAGUCGAAAGGCGGUUGCAGCCACGCUGCAUACGCUUCAACGAGCCUGAUUCUCCAAGAUCAGAGAAAGACAGUGAAGUCAAAACUAGAAUGGAUGACAAAGACUUGGCACUUGCAUACAUUCAAGCAGUGGUCAAAUCCUCAGAGUUGAACUGGGAAGAGCUUUUGGUGAGAUCCUUUUAUUUGGAGCAGGUUCUUGAGGAGGCGCUAGUGGAUGACAUUGAGUUCUAUCCUACAAACUUCUGCAGCAACAAGAUACUCCUCUUUGACUGUAUCAACGAAGUUCUCAUGGAGUUCAGUGGGCACGGCCCUUGGAUCUCAUUCGCCAAACCUGAAGUCAGGUUUGGCCCAGACAUGGAGAAUGUUGUUGAAGUGGUGCAAGAAGAGGUUUACUGGCAUCUCUUGCCUCUGUCUUCUCCGCACACGUUGGACCAGAUAGUCAAGAAAGACCUGGCUAGGACUGGGAACUGGAUGGACCUCAGGUUUGAUAUCGGCUGCAUCGGUUCUCAAACAGGUGAGAUAAUCCUUGAUGAACUAUUAGAAGAGAUCAUCAGCAGCAGCUGCACAGACUUGUUCCAGUCAACAGUCACUACCAGAAAGUAGACCUGUGCUUACUAGAAAGACACUCAUGAUGGUCAAGAGGCUCCCUUGUUUACUCUGUAUAGUUUCACUUCCACUUCCACGAGCUUCCCUACUUGUGUAGAUACACAACCACAGCUUUUAGUACUGCAACAAACGUUUCUUCUGUUUUUGUUCUUUUUUCCAUUUCGUCUUCUGUAGAGUUUUGAGUUCUGUUGUGAAUGUUAGCUGUAUGUUUGCUAUAUGAGGAUGAAUAAGACGAGGCUUGAACUUAAA